UGUUAUCGUGUGGGGGCAUGCCAUAUUUACCUAACUACAAAAACUAGGUAAUAGGUUGCACUGAAAAUAAAUUCAAGAGCUUUAUCCGCUUCCUUUGCAAAAAUGUUUUAGGCUCCACAUCAAUGACGCCCAUACACUUACUUUCCAUAGGGUAGCAGUCUUUAUUCUUGAUUGAACCAAAUGUUUUACCGGCGGUAAUCAUUACGAGACGCUUUCAGCAAUGGAAAUUUGUGUAAAGAAACGAAGAAUUGUAUUGAUGCCUAUCGAUGGUAGUGGACAUUCUUUACGUGCAUUUCAAUGGUAUUUAGAUAACCUGAGAAAUGAAAAUGAUGAAUUACAUUUCGUCUUAAUUAUUCAACCUAUUUUCGCAACACCAACAAUUGAAUUGGCCAUGGCUUCACCUCCAGUAACCGACAUCAUGCAAUCAGUGCAAGAGAACAUUGAAGAUGGGAAAAGAAUUUUGAAAAAAUACUUACUGAAUGCAAACAAUCUUGGCAUUGUCUGUCAGGCUUUUAUCCAUGUAGGUACUAAACUUGGCUCACUACUGGUGAAAAUAUCUCAAGAACAAAAGACAAAUCUUAUAGUUAUGGGGACAAGAGGACUUGGAAUAAUUGGUCGUACAAUACUGGGUAGUGUAACAAACUAUGUAUUACAUCAUGCUAAAACACCACUAGUGGUCGUACCUCCUCCAGUAAAACAAUAGAUUAUGCUAAUCAGUAACGUUUUAAUCCUUAUCUAACUGGUGGUAAUUUUUAACGAUACUGUAUGUCAUUGUUUGCAUAUACGAAUAUAAUUUCUUAACUGAUCA